AUGCGUCUUCCCUUUAUUGUCCUUAUCCUGAUCCACACAUGUGCUGGAGAGUGGCUAGAAACGGUGUUUGAUGAGGAACCAGUUCCACUCUUAGUACAAGUCUUUGAGGAAGUGGAUAUCAGCGAUUUACCUAAAACUCUCAAAGCUCUCAAGAAGUCCUUAACGUAUAUGCAUGACAACCUAGAGGCGGUAAAUUUGGACGGCCUCAUAGGUCCACGAAUAGCAGAGAGUCGCAUUGCAGGACUUCUCAGUCGCUACUGGUCCACUAUGCCAUUUACGCUGGUGAGAGAACUGCGACAGAUACAAAAGAUUGCAGCCGAAGUCGUUCAACAAGGGAGAGAAUUCGUGAAAAGAAAAACUCCAAACUAUUUUUCAAACGUUGGAUUCUUCACAGAGCCAUACGUAUGGGACCUCUACUAUCCUCCACGUGGACUCCGAUACCACCCAAAAUGGGCUCUCAACCUUGAGGCCGAUCAGUGGUAUGAACAAGACAUUGACAACUGCAUGAGUGAAAUCUACUAUUCAAAAUAUCCUGAAUGUCGCAUAACAAGUCAGUGCUGGCUGAAUGGCACACGAGCUGCAAUGUCCAGCUACAGUGUUUCUCAUCAGCUGAUCUAUCUACUGAUCGGUGCAUCUUCCGAGUGUGCGGGCUCUUUGGAACAGCGGCUUCGUAGCGAAAUUCCACCGGUCACGUUGGGCGGGCUGAUGCACACCAUGUGCGGCCGAAUGAAAGUGGAAACUGAAACAAUAGCGAACGCUGGAUUCCCUGACUCGUUUCCAGACUUGUUGAUGGAACAAAUUGCUGUUUGUGGAGCAGUCGGAUUUUUGGAGCUGAGCAAACCGGAAUGGUUGGACAUUAUCAUAAGCUGGCAGGCAGACAAUGGCUGCUACCACAAGUUCAAAGAAGAAGAAGAUAUUCCGUCAGAGAAUUUUGCCCCGGAGCAAUAUGGCAACUACCGGCGGCGAAGAAAAAGAUGUGAGAGCAUAAUGUCAGGCGGAGGAGAAGGUUGUUUAGCGCAUCGCACAUCGGUUGCCAUAGGAGCACUUGUUUCAUACACAAUCUUGUUCAUAGAAGCCGCAUACGGACUUGGUCGGUCAUUGGUAUCUUGAACCUGUUCUAUUACUCCGCUUGUCAAUUAUAAAGCAUUCCAGAUCACGAAGAACAGUGGAAUUUCUGACAAUUUGUGCCGGAUGUACUUUUAUGUAGUUGC